UCAAUCGUCAUUCGCCAGUGCGCGCGCUUUUAUAUUUGGUGGUGGCGAAAACGAGGAACCAACUGAUAACGCAUAAAUGCAUAAUCGUCAUUUUAUUAUCGUUUUAUUCAUUUAAUCGCACUGUGUCGCCCGAACCGGCUGCGUAAUAUUUCUUCGUAUCGCCGACAGUGUUCGCAGUUUCGUACUGUUCGACUGGUGGUAUUUCGUGUCUACACUCAAGUACACGUACUCACCACUGUCGCCCGUCCUCUCUUUAGCACCAGCCACCAGCUGACCGUGGCGUAGUCGUCGCCUACUGACCCAUCACCGCAGUCGUUUUUUUUAUCACUUGUUUAUGAUUCGCAGUCAUUAUUGCAAAAGCUUUCGAUUGUUUUGAAUAUAUUUUCACUAUCUGUCCGUCGUUCCAUUUAUUCAACCACACACACCACCAAUAAUGUCGGUUUCGGCCAUGAACAGGAUUGGACUGAGGGCCAAGAUAUGGAAUUCACUGGUCGGACGGGUUGGUCCCAAGACGUAUUUCACGUACACGCCUCAAGUGUCACAGGUAUUGGACCGAGAGCCGAAAUGGGUGUCCGCCGACGAAGCCGUCCAGUGUAUCAAGUCCGAUGAUACAGUUUUUGUGAGUGGUGCUGCUACUACACCAAUUGAAAUUCUCCGUAGUAUGACUGAUCAUGGAAAACAAAAGCAAUUAAAAAAUAUACGUGUAUGUAGCAUUCAUACUGAAUUUGAGUCACCUUAUUCAUCCCCAGAAUGUGAAGGAAUAUUUCGACCAAUGGCUUUUUUUAUUAGUUCCAAUAUGAGGAAGUGUAUAAAUGAAGGUCGUGGUGAUGCUGUACCAAUAUUUUUACAUGAUAUACCUUACGUAUUUGAACGAAAUGUUAUACCAGUAGAUGUAUCAAUUAUUUCGGUAUCACCCCCUGAUCAUCAUGGUUUCUGCAGUCUUGGUACAAGUGUGGAUUGCAUUCGUUCAGCUUUAGGGAAAUCAAAAAUAAUUAUUGCACAAGUAAAUAAUUGUAUUCCACGCACUUUUGGUGAAGCCAUCAUCCAUCAAUCACAUAUUGAUUAUGCUGUCAGAUGUGAUCGUGAUUUACCAGCUCAUGAACAUAAAGAUCCAAAUCCUACUGAAACAGCAAUUGGCAAACAUAUUGCAGAUAAUCUUGUUGAAGAUGGUGCCACAUUACAAAUGGGUAUUGGUGCAAUUCCAGAUGCCACGCUUACCUGUCUUAAAGGUCAUAAGGAUUUAGGAAUCCAUUCAGAAAUGUUCAGUCUUGGUGUUAUUGAUCUAGUAAAGUCAGGGGUUAUCACCAAUCAUAAUAAAACAUUUGACAAAGGAUUGAUAGUAACAAGUUUCUUAAUGGGCAACAAGAAGUUGUAUGAUUUUGUUGACAACAAUCCAUUAAUAUGUAUGAGGCAAGUUUCAUAUACCAAUAAUGUACAUAUUAUAUCUCAACAACCUAAAAUGACUGCAAUUAACUCUUGUAUUGAAGUAGAUUUAACUGGACAAAUUGUGUCAGGAUCUAUUGGAUAUAGAUUAUACUCAGGAUAUGGUGGUCAAGUAGAUUUCAUUAGAGGAGCUGCUGAAGGUUUUGACGGUAAGGGUAAGCCUAUUAUUGCUCUAGGUUCUGUAAAUCCAAAAACUAAGGAUGCCAGAGGUUUGCCGAGUAGUAAAAUUGUGCCUAAAAUUCAAGAAGGAGCCACGGUUGUUACUACUAGUGCACAUGCCCAUUAUGUUGUAACCGAGUUUGGUGUCGCCUCAUUAUUUGGAAAGAGUUUGAGACAACGAGCUCAUGCCUUGAUAAAUAUAGCCCACCCUGACCAUAGAGAAUGGUUAGAAAAAGAAGCAUUUAACCGUUUAAAAGUUAUGCCAAGUGCAUAAUAUGUAUUUAACAUUUCAAUGUAUUAUUAUUAUUAUUCGUUAAAUUAAUUAUCAUAUUACCUGAAUAAUUCAUCAAUUAUAUUAAUACAUGAUUUAUUCUUAUUUAUUUUGCUUAACACCUAUCAUAUCAAAUGUGAAUUGGUUGAUAAUACACUGUAAUUCGUAAU